AUGGCUUCCCAACCGCCCCAUUCCGUAACCGAACUCUCCGUCCCAAACUUUGGUAUACAAACCGCCCUCCACCAGCGCGGCAACAUUUUCUACCUCGUCUUUCCCCGCGCGUACGGGGUGUUAGACGGCCAGAAGUUAUACGCGCAGCUAAAUUACUCUCGUUUGACGGAAUCGCGGCAUCGAUUCUGGCACCGUGAAGGUGCUGGGCGCGAUUGGACAAUAUCGUUUCCAGAUUUGAUGGGCGUGAAGCCAACAAUAUUCAGAGAUGUUGGUCGGAGAAGUGGAAGAACGGUUGACUGA